AUGAGCUCUACUAAACGCCCCAAUGGAGAUAAAGAAGAACAACUAGAAAGCAAGAAACAAAGAUUGACGGAUGAAGGUCAAGCCUCUAAAAGUUUAGGAGAAAAACCAGGCGAUUUGGCUCAGUGGAAGAACUUAAUGUCGAUGUAUAUACCUACAGAUAAAGAUCAAUACAACGAGUCAUUUGAAACAAAUACUGGUGGAAUUUCAAUCAUAGAGAAGAAUGACCUUGAAUCGGUUAUAGUGACGGGAUCUGUUGACGGGGUGGUGACGUUUUGGAGUAGAAAGAAUGCUGCAUCCAAACCAUCCACUGAGGGAUCUUCUCUUUGUUAUGUCAAGCAAUUCACAGCACAUCCAAACAAACAAAUUGUACAGAUCAUUUUUUCAAAUGAUGCCAGGAUGGCAACGGUAGCCCAAGAUGACCACACUAUGAAGAUCUUUGAUCUCAAUACAUUGGACAUGAUCCAAGUGAUACGAUUGAAGUUCAAUCCUGGAGUGGCAUGUUGGGCGAAAACAGACGCUGGAGAAACAUUGGUGGUUAGUGAUGGGAAGGCAGUUCAUUUGGUUGGAGAAGACGACGAAGAUGAUGAUCUUGACGUACUGAAAGUGUCUAGUGAUACAAUCCAUCGGUUCUCGAUAGAAUCUAUGGCAUUCAACCGGAAAUACAACUGUGUAGUAUCCACAGAUGUAAGAGGAUUUAUAGAAUAUUGGGUACCACAAGCAGGUUUCCCUGUACCUAACACAGUGAAAUUCCAAUACAAGACAGAUACUGACUUAUUUGAAAUGACCAAGAAUAAAUGUCGUGCUCGGAAGUUUAUAUUCUCUGGGAAUAUGGAGAUGUUUGCAGCAGCAUGUACCGAUGGAACAGUCAGAGUUUGGGAUAUGGCUAGCGGGAAGAUCCAAUUAAGAGAACCUGGGAAAUGUGGUAAUCUGGUGACAUAUGACCCUUCUGAUAGUUUGUUGAUAUUCACUACCGAUGAUGGCAUGGCUAGGGUUGUUCCUAUUCUGUCACAGAGUGAGGUUGACCAGCCAUUAAUUAGAGAUGACCAGCUUCAUAUAGAUCAAAUCUGCUUAUUGGGCCGUACAGAUAUAACUUCAUUCAACAUUGAAAUGGUUUCAUCUGAGAACUCAGCAUUACAGAAAAAGCUAGAACGUGAUCCCUUGAUAGUCUGUACCGGGAAAGAUUCUAGAGUGUAUGUAUUUGGAGGCAAAAAGUUAGAUCCAGAGACUAAUAGAGAUCAUACUUUAGAAGAAACUACAGGGAAUUCCAUUAAUGCAACAGGUAAACUUACAGGAAUGAAGAAGACAGAUAAAUCAAUUGCUAGUGCAGUUACCCUUCACACAACAGUUGGUGAUAUUAAAAUCAAGCUCUUUACCAAUCAAACACCUAAAACUGCAGAAAAUUUCGUAUUACUCUCGAAAAGACAUUAUUAUGACAAUGUGAUAUUCCAUCGUGUUAUAAAGAAGUUUAUGAUUCAAACAGGGGAUCCCUUAGGGGAUGGAACUGGGGGAGAAAGUUGUUGGGGUGGUCAUUUUAAGGAUGAAUUCAGUCCUCUGCUUUCACAUAGCAAACCAUUUAUGGUGAGUAUGGCGAAUGCGGGACCAGGAACUAACGGAUCUCAAUUCUUCAUUACUACAGAGGCUUCCCCAUGGUUAGAUGGGAAGCAUACAGUAUUUGGCGAAGUCAUAGAUGGACAGGAUACGGUGAAGGCGAUAGAAGCGGUGGAUACAAACAAGGACGACAAACCAUACGAUCCGAUCACAAUUUUAUCAACUACAGUACAUAUAUAA